AUGUUUACUCGCUUCUCUCUUUCAGGCGCCGCCUUGCUGCUAUGCGCCGAUGCCUUCGUCAUCCCCGCCGUGCUCGACCAGGCCCCGCUGCGAGUCCCCGCCCUCACAGACCUUCUCGCUGAGAAGGCGCAAGCCGUCUCCGACCAGAUAGGCCUCUUCCCAACCACCAAGAAGAGCCUCGAUACAUGGCUGGAGGAGGAGGAGCACAUCGCCGUCGACAGGCUGCUGGCCAAUAUUGCGCCAAACGGCAGGAAUGCGCAACAUGCUGCGCCUGGCACAGUCAUUGCCAGUCCGUCCAAGGAGCAUCCGAACUACUACUACCAAUGGGUGCGUGACGCCGGCAUAACCAUGGCGACGGUCGUGGACCUGUACGUUGCCGACCCCACCUCCGAACUCUCCCGGACGGUCCUCCUCCCAACUCUUGAAUCGUAUGCCUCCAUCUCGCAGAAAAUCCAACACACAUCCAACCCCUCGGGCGACUUCACCUUCCCCGACCUCAACGGGCUCGGCGAGCCCAAGUUCAUGGUCGAUGGGUCGCCCUUCACCUCCAACUGGGGUCGCCCCCAGCGCGACGGCCCGGCGCUGCGCGCGACAGCGCUCAUGAAGUUCAUGCGCGCCUACAACGAGAGCAACCCUGGCGUCUGGGAGUCGCGCACCACCGCUUCGACCGACGACUGGUUCGGGCGCCUGUACAGCGCGGAAUUGCCGGCGCGCAGCAUCAUCAAGGCGGACCUGGAGUACGUGGCGCGGCACUGGCCCGACUCGGGCUUCGACCUGUGGGAGGAGGUGCAAGGCCGCCACUUCUUCACCGGCCAGGCGCAGUUGCGCGCGCUGCGCGAGGGCGCCGAGGUCGCCGCCGCCUUCGCCGACGACGGCGCUGCUGAGUACUACCGCCAGCAGGCCUCGCGCCUCGAGUCCAUGGUUCGCAAUGACUUCUGGGACGCCCGCGGCGGCUACAUCCGCGCCACGCGCGGCGGUGACGCCGAGUUCCAGCGCUCCGGUAUGGACUGCAGCGUGCUGCUCGGCAGCAUCCACGGCAACGCGCUCGAGCCAGCCUACCCGGACGCAGCGGUGUUCCCGCCGCACGACGACGCGGUGCUCGUCACGUUGAUGAAGUUCGUCAAGGACCAGCGCGACCGCUACCCCAUCAACGCGCAGCCUGGCCAGGAGCUGUCGGCCUUCCCGGAGGGCGACCCGCUUCGCCCGGCCGGCGUCGGUCGCUACCCCGAGGACGCGUACGACGGCUACGCCUCGCCGCACCCGGGCGCCGGCAACCCGUGGUUCCUAUGCACCGCCAGCGUCGCUGAGAUCCUGUUCCAGACUGCGGCGCGCGUCAACGAGACAGCCACCGUCGAGGUUAGCGAGACGGGCUGGGAGUUCUGGCGCGGCCUUGUCUGCCCGGAGUCGUCGUCAGACUGCCCGCUGUCGUGGCAACGCAAGAGCUACGAGCUCGGCGACGGCACCGGCGUUGUCGAGACGGCCCUCAACAGGCUGAAGGACCUCGGUGACGGUUUCCUGGCUGUCAUCCGCAAGCAUGCCAGCAGCGACGGCGCGCUGAGCGAGCAGUUCGAUCGCUGGACCGGCUACGAGCGUGGCGCUACGGACCUGACGUGGAGCUACGGCGCCUUCUUGCAGGCCGUGUGGGCGAGGCAGAGGUUGUAA